AUGGCUCCGCUCCCAGCCCACAUGAAGGCGGCUGCCCAAGCUUUCUCACGCAUUCUCACAGAGCACAACAUCGAGCACGCCUUCAUCGGCGGUUUUGCCUUGAAUUUACUAGGAAGUAAUCGCGAAACUCUAGAUAUCGAUGUCGAGGUCGCCAUGGACGAUGCGCAACCGAACGAGAUCCGACCUCGUCUUGUUGAGCUUCUUCUAGAUUCGGACCGGCAGCGAUUUGUUGUUUCGAACCUCAAGCUCUUUUUCAUUCCAGAUGGUGGUCAGUGGGACUUGCGGGUCCCCAUCGAAACCCUUGCCCGCGGCAUGCUUGGCCUGCCUCGCCGACUUUCGACCCUCCGCCCGGGAGAUGGUUCAAUCCCUAUCCUCCACCCGGGCGUUCUCGUUCUCACCAAGAUGAAGCGCUCAUCGCAGUACAUUGGUAGUACACGCCCUCAGUCUGUGGUCAAGUUUAAUUGUGACGUCCGAGAUAUCGUUUACCUACUCCGCUGGCUCCAAGAUCAUGGCGAGAAAAUCGACUUCGCCAACUACGACGCGGCCUCCCCCGAGAGACUCUAUGAUUCUGUAAGCGAUAGGGCUACUACUAUAUAA